UUUUGAUUGGCCAAGUGCGAUUGAUAUUAUUUGGAGAACUCGUGGUCAUCUUCACGUUAAGCUGCGGCUAACUUUACAUGUUGCCAAACCAAACGACAGUAUUUUUUUUCUUCCGAUACUGAAGACACGAAGAAAUAUAUUUUAUUAAAUAAAUAUCAAAAUGGGUUUAAGUCCGACCACGAAGCAAAGGAUAGCCAUUGUCAUGGAUGUGACCAAAUUUAUAUUUCAAUGGGGUUUUAUUCCUUCCGUUCUGUUUUUAGGAUUUAAAAAAGGCGCAGAUCCAGGCAUGCCUGAAUUAUCUCUUAUGAAUUUAUUAUGGCAAUAGAUUCUGUCUCCCCUGGAUACUAUUUUCAUUCCAGAAGAAAUCAUGUGUAUUGUCUAUGUUGCAUAUAUUUAUUUAAGAUUGUUAGAUGUCCGAUUGACAUAAAAAAUCAUGUCUUAUUAAAUAAAUAAUAAAUACUAUGUGUUAUUUGUUA